AUGAGCCAGGCAAGGCACCUGGGCAAGAUCCGGAAACGCCUGGAAGAUGUCAAGAGCCAGUGGGUCCAGCCGGCCAGGGCUGACUUCAACGACAAUGAGAGUGCCCGGCUGGCCACAGAUGCCCUCUUGGAUGGGGGUCCCGAGGCCUACUGGCAGGCGCUCAGCCAGGAAGGGGAGGUGGACUUCUUGUCCUCGGUGGAGGCCCAGUACAUCCAGGCCCAGACUAAGGAGCCCCCCUGUGCCCCGGAGCCCCUGGGAGGGGCCGAGGCAGGCUCCAAGGGACUAGACUCCUGCUCCCUGCAGUCAGGUACCUAUUUCCCCGUGGCCUCGGAGGGCAGCGAGCAGACCCUGCUGCACACCUGGGCCUCAGCUGAGAAGCCCUACCUGAAGGAAAAGUCCAGCGCCACCGUGUACUUCCAGACAGACAAGCACAACAACAUCAGAGACCUCAUCCGCCGCUGCAUCACCCGGACCAGCCAGGUCCUGGCCAUCCUGAUGGAUGUGUUCACAGAUGUGGAGAUCUUCUGUGACAUUCUAGAGGCAGCUAACAAGCGCGGGGUGUUCGUCUGUGUGCUCCUGGACCAGGGAGGUGUGACGCUCUUCCAGGAGAUGUGUGACAAAGCCCAGAUCUCUGACAGUCACCUCAAGAACAUUUCCAUCCGGAGCGUAGAAGGAGAGGUGUACUGUGCCAAGUCAGGCAGGAAGUUCGCCGGCCAAAUCCAGGAGAAGUUCAUCAUCUCGGACUGGAGAUACGUCCUGUGUGGAUCGUACAGCUUUACCUGGCUCUGCGGACACGUGCACCGGAACAUCCUCUCCAAGUUCACAGGCCAGGCGGUGGAGCUGUUUGACGAGGAGUUCCGCCACCUCUACGCCUCCUCCAAACCCGUGAUGGGCCUCAAGUCGCCCAGGCUGUCUGCACCCCUCCAGCCCAGCGCUGGCCCCAGCCCCCUGCCCGGCCGCCUCAGUGGCAGUAGCUGCUCCGCCAGUGACCGCACGACCUCUGACCCCUUCAGCAGCCUGUCCGCUGGCAGCAACCCCCAGAACCAGAGCCUGUCCACAUCCUCAGGGCCCGGCAGCCCCCUGACCCCCAACCCACCUCCUGCCCCCAGGUUUCAGCCCCAUCACGGCCCUUGGGGGCCCCUGAUCCCACAGGCCCACUUCUCCCCAAGGCCCCACGACGGCCUGCCCGCUCUCUACAGCAACCUCAACGCCUACAGGCCCACGCGGCUGCAGCUCGAGCAGCUUGGCCUGGUGCCCAGGGUGGCCCACACCUGGAGGCCCUUUCUACAGGCAUCCCCUCAUUUCUGA